AUGGAGUUUUGGGGUGCUGAGGUGAAGAGUGGAGAGCCCCUUCUGGUUAUGCCUGGCGAGGGCAUGGUUUUGCAUCUCUCUCAGGCUUGUCUAGGUGAGAUGAAAAAGGAGAAGGGAAACGAAUCCGUCUGCUUGUUCAUAAAAGUUGAUGGAAAGAAACUAGUUCUAGGAACUCUAUUUUCGGAAAAGUUGCCUCAGCAACAAUUUGACUUGGUUUUCGAUAGGGGCUUUGAGCUAUCACACAACUGGAAAAGUGGAAGUGUCUACUUCUAUGGUUACAAGGCCAGCAAUCCUUUUGAAGAAGAUGAAUCGGAGGAUGGAGAAUCUGAUGAAUCUGAACCUGAGGAGGCUAUACCGCUUACUCUGGCAAAUAAUGGGAAAUCAGAGGCAACUGUUAAGCAAGAGAAACCUGCAGGACCUCAGAAGUCAAAUGUUGCCAAAGACAAGGGCUCUGCUGCUGGAAAGCAAAAGGUGAAGAUUGUAGAGCCAAACAAAGAGGAGAAUCCGGAGGAUGAUGAUGAAAGUAGUGAUGAAGAUUUAUCGUCUGGGGACGACGACGACGACUCCAAGGAUGAGGAUGACAGCGAUGAUUCUGAUGAAAGUGAUGAAGAGACACCAAAGAAGGUUGAACCUAGCAAGAAAAGACCUGCAGAGUCAGCUGCCAAAACACCUGUUACAGAUAAGAAGGCAAAAACAACUCCACAGAAAACUGAUAGCAAGAAAGGUGGUGGUCAUGUUGCUACACCUCACCCCUCCAAACAGACCGCAAAAACUCCUGCCAACAAGCCAAACCAGCAGACUCCGAAAUCUGCUGGAUCACAUGCUUGCAAGAGCUGCAACAGGACAUUUAAUUCUGAGAAUGCUCUGGAGUCCCACUCAAAGGCUAAGCACAGCAGUGGAAAGUAA